AUGGGAAGCGUCGUCGUAUUGUUGGUGCUGUUUUGUGCGGCUACCAGCCACCUUGCCUUAGCCUUUACUGAUGGAUUACUAGGCAAUGGCAACUUUGAAAAUGCACCCAAGUCUUCGGACAUGAAAGGAACAGUAGUACUAAAAUCCAAUGCAAUCCCAGAAUGGGAAAUUUCUGGUUUUGUUGAGUACAUAAAGGCAGGGCAAAAGCAAGGUGACAUGCUGCUAGUGGUUCCUGAGGGCUAUGCUGCAGUUAGGUUAGGAAACGAGGCAUCAAUAAAGCAAAAAUUAAAUGUUACGCCAGGAAUGUACUAUUCGUUAACGUUCUCUGCUGCCCGUACGUGUGCACAAGACGAGAAGCUGAACGUGUCCGUGGCACCAGAUUCUGGUGUGCUACCAAUUCAAACAGUGUAUAAUAGUGAAGGUUGGGACUUGUAUGCUUGGGCAUUUCGAGCAUCCUAUAGCGUGGCUGUGAUAAUACUCCUCAAUCCUGGAGUUGAGGAAGAUCCAGCUUGUGGUCCACUGAUUGACUCAAUUGCCAUUCGAGCUCUUUACCCUCCCAAACCAACUAAUAAAAACCUACUGAAGAAUGCAGAUUUCGAAGAAGGUCCUUAUAUAUUGCCUAACACAAGUUGGGGUGUCCUUAUCCCACCUAACAUCGAGGAUGAUAACUCUCCUUUACCAGCCUGGAUGGUUGAAUCUCUCAAAGCAGUCAAAUACAUUGAUUCUGAUCAUUUUUCGGUACCACAAGGCAAACGAGCAAUCGAACUCGUUGGUGGAAAGGAAAGUGCCAUUGCACAAGUGGCGCGGACCAUUGUUGGGAAAACUUAUGAACUCACAUUUGCCAUAGGAGAUGCUAGCAACUCUUGUGAAGGAUCUAUGAUUGUUGAAGCAUUUGCCGGCAGAGACACUAUUAAGGUUCCUUAUGAAUCCAAGGGCAAAGGUGGGUAUAAACGUGCUGUGCUUCGUUUUAAAGCCGUUGCAAUUAGAACCCGUGUCAUGUUCUUUAGCACGUACUACCAUACAAGCAGUAAAGAUUUUGCUUCGCUUUGUGGCCCUGUCGUCGACGACGUGAAGCUGCUGAGCGUUCGUAAUCCACGAAGACUUGUGUGA